AUGGCGGUCCCAGAGAUCAUCGCCAGCCUCACCUGGCAGCAGACUGGAUGCCUGCUCGCCGGUGUCUGGCUCAUCUACCUCAUCCAGCUGGUUAUCCAGAGAUUAUGGCUCAGCCCUCUGGCCCAUAUCCCUGGCCCCAAGCUGGCAGCUUUGACUCAGUACUAUGAGUUCUACUAUGACUUUGUCCUGGGGGGGCAAUACACCUUCAAGAUCAUCGACAUGCACGAAAAGUACGGACCUAUUGUUCGUAUCAACCCCUGGGAGGUCCAUGUGGGAGACCCCGACUUCUUCUCGGAGCUCUACACUGGACCCAGCCGGCGCCGGGACAAGUGGACGUUCUAUACACAACAGGCAAGCUCUCUUGCUGCCAUCGACCACAGCCUUCACAAGUUGCGGCGAAGUGCGCUGAACCCUUUCUCCUCAACUCAGACUGUGCGCAAAUUGCAGCCGGUGAUUGAGGAGAGAGUGGAUGCCCUUCUGGAUGCGUUCCUGAACUACGCCGAGGUGUCCAACGGUCAACCUUUGGAUGUCAUGUACCCGUACUCAGCCUUUACCAAUGACGUCAUCAACGAGUAUGCUUUUGCUCGAAGUGAUCAUCUUGUCGAGAAGUCGGAUUUCGGAGCUGAGGUCACCAACGACCUUCUUAUCGGCACCCACAUGGGGCCAUGCGUGCAGCAUCUCGACUGGGUGCUCACACUUGUCAAUGCUCUGCCCGAGUCCAUCUCGAACCGAUGCAUGCCUGGUUGGGGUGGUUUCUUGAAGAUGAAGAACGAUAUCCUUGAGCACAUUCACAGCAUCGACCCACCCCAAAGCACGGGCAAGUGGACGAUGGAUGGUGGUCACCCUACCAUGCUCUCGAGGCCUCGCUCAAUGCGGGUGAAGCAGUCACCCCAAGUUCAAGAGGGACAGAUCCUCGUCCAAGGUGGUACUCUCACCACCUCCUGGGCCAUGUCCCUGGCAACCUUCCACCUCCUCAACCGCCCCGAGACUCUUCGUAAGCUUCGCGACGAGCUCUUUGCUGCCAUUCCCGAUGCCCAUGAUACGACACCGCUUUCCCGACUUGAGAAGCUCCCCUACCUUGGCGGAGUUGUCAAGGAGGCACUGCGUCUUGGUAUCGGAACCAGCAGCCGGCUCGCCCGAGUUGCCGCAGACGAAACCCUCGUCUACCAUGACCACGUGAACAACACGGUCUGGCGCCUACCUCCUGGCUCCAUCGUGGGUAUGAGCCCAUACAAGACCGUCAUGGACGAGAACAUCUUUUACGAUGCCCGGGGCUUCCACCCUGAGCGCUGGGUUGAGGAUGGUGAGCGACUCGACAAGUACCUCGACAUCUUUUGCUCCGGCACCCGCGUCUGCUUGGGCAUGGCUCUCGCCCAAGCCGAACUCUACCUUAUGCUUGCCAAGAUCUUCCGCCGCUGGGGAAGUGGUGGUGUUGUCUUUGGCAGCGACGAUGGUGACCAACGUUUUGGAGAUGUUGGUUACUUGAGCAUCUACGAAACGAGGGUGCGAGACUGCGAGCCCGCUGCCGACUUUUUUAUGCCUAUCCCCUACAAGGGAUCCGAGGGCCUUCGCUUCGUCUUUGAAGCAUAUUAA